AUGACGUCACCAUAUUGCGAUCCGUCCUACCGUGUCGAGACUCCCCUUGUCCCAUUCUCCUUCAUAUAUCCUAGCAGUGUGUGCUUGAUUACACUGGAUCAAAUACCCCGUCUAUUGAGUCCCCUGUCAACCACGAUGUUGACCUGUCCGCUCAUCAGAAGCACCGGCCCAACGGCCCGCCGAUACUUUCUUCAAGGCAUCGUGUCUCAUCAUCCAGCAUACGCUUCUCCCAUCUCUCUUCCCUCUCGAGAACAGCCUCCUCUCUCGUCUCAUUCCCAAGCCAUCAAUACUCCCGCUGUGGUAGAAGACUUUGACCGCACGGUCCUCAACCCCGAACAGCACGAAACCUGCAAAUGGGGCACCGACGACGCCGUUGCGAGCCAUCAGUCCUCCUACGACCCGUCCAUGACUUCCCCCGAGAUCGAGUACACGGCUGAAGAGGCCGAGUUCAAGCUCGAGGGCCAAGAUCACUCUCCGCUGUACGUUAGCCCGGCUAAUCGUGAAGUCAGCGAGUUGCUGGAUCCCAUGGUCGGAGGGGCUGUUCAUUGCGCGGAUCGCUUGGGCCCGAGCGCACGGGGCUGGACGAACAAGCAUAAGGUCGUUCGGGUCAGGGAUUUUCCUGGGAGUCGCUGGAAGCAGUAUGAGAAGGCGUUGGAGAAGUUGAAGGCGGCGAGGGAGGCAGGCAAUGCUCCCAAGGAUGUCAAGGCUUGA